AUGUUCCUCCAGAAUUUCCUCUUUCUCUUGCUCUGUCAAAUAUUUUUGACAUGCUACGGGCACGAGAAUCCAUGUCAGUUUCCAAUGUUGAAAGGCCCAUGUCUUCAAAGUCUUUUUCGGUAUUAUUACGAUAUGGAAACGGAUGAAUGCAAAAAGUUCACCUACAGCGGUUGUGGCGGGAAUCCAAAUCGUUUCAUUCGCCGGCAACAAUGUCGACAGAAAUGUGUAAAAGAUCAAAACAAGCGUGACAGCGAUUUGGCAGCCGACUUGACGAGUUCCUCGAGGAAUCCCGUUUUAGAAAGAAUCUACAAAGCACAAAGAAACGAGGCACAACAACCACAAAAAGAGAAUCAAGGUCAUCUCAACGACGAUGCGAAUUUUGCUCUCAAAUCAUCAAACGAUGUCCAUUCUACUUCCGGUUGUCCGAUUUGUGAUCCACUCUAUGGAAGCUGUGUCAACGGUCAUUGCGAAUGCAGGAAAGGUUUCAAAUUGAGGGGCAAAAUUUGUGUCGAUGUAAACGAAUGUCUUUUGCCGAAUGCUUGUCCCGAAUUCUCGAAUUGCACAAACACAUUUGGAUCAUUUCGUUGCGAUUGUCCCGAUGGGAAGUGCGAUCAAGCGGCCGAAGUUUGCGACGAGCCUUUCGAUCGACGGUUGGCCGAUGUUUGCGAUGAGAAUGUCAAGGAAAAACGGUUUUAUUUCGAUUCCGACUCAUCAACUUGCAAAGAGUUCGUUUUUGCGGGAUGUGAGUCGAAAGCGAGGAAUCUCUUUGUUGAUUCACAUACAUGCGAGAAGAUCUGCGCGGCAAAAGUGAAACAACACUAUCGAGAGAAUUUGGAGAAAAACGAGCAAAAAAAUGUUGUGAAUGUGAAAAUAGAGACUGGAGUGGGAAAAGAAGAAAACGAAGUACAUGGGAAAAUCGAGAUUCCGAAAACCACCACAAAAUCCCCGGAGAUCGAAGUGACAACGGGGAAAACAGAUCGAGAAGAAUGGAAUCCGAAUGAGGACAUUUGCAUCAAACCAUUCGACGAGGUUCUCCGUUUGGAAUGCAUUGAGGCGACGUGGACCGAGAAAUUUUUCUGGAAUCACAAAGCAAAAGACUGCGAACCCUUUUGGUAUGACACAUCGUGUGAUCCGAAAGAUCUCUUCGGCAAGAAUUUCUUCGACACUUCGGGGAAUUGUUUGAAAAGAUGCAAUUCGACAAAGAUCACUACAACCCUCCCAAUCACUGUCACCUCGACGCAAGCAUCUAUUGUUACGGAAAAAACGGCUUUGGUGUCUGAGAAAGAGGCAGAGCUGCUCGAGGUGCCGAAGCGACGAAAUCGCUUCACCGUGCCAACGGACAGCUGGAUUUGGGAAACGACAACGAGAUCCGCUGAUUUCUGGUCGACUCGUUCCCCAAUCAUCUCCCCGAAUGAAACCCCUCAACCACCACCAAAAGAUUUCCCUCAAAUCCCGCCAACUCUCGUCACUUUCCCUCCGAAAAUCCCCGCGCAAAAAGAAGUGGAAAUCGAGGUGGAAAAGGUUGAUAUAAAGCCAUAUGAUCCCUGCUUCGAUCAACUUGACUCAAAAUUGGAAGAAGAUUGCAAAGGGGAGACAUGGGAGAUUCGAUGGCACUUCAACCCACAGAAGAAAUCAUGUAAACGUUUCUGGUGGGGCGGCUGUGAGAGCAAGUCGAAGAAUUUCUUCGAGGACGCGGAGACUUGCAAAACAAUUUGCGGGCAUCGUUUUGUGAGCGAGAGUGAUGGAGGGACGCAUUUCCCGAUCACGCAAAAUAUCGAAAAUGAAAUUGUUGUGACCACAGAAGCGACAACAGUGAAGACGAGGAAACCGAUGGAGAUCGUGGAAGAAUUGAGCACCGAUGAAGUUACGACAAGAACAACUGCUACAAGCACGACCACCACUACUACAAAACGGCCAACCAUAACCGAUGAACAGAAAAUCUGGCUGAAUGCCGAUUUUGAGGAAUCUUUGAAACUCUCGACUUUCGCACCAAUUCAAAUUCACGAAACAACAGAGUUCGUUCAAAAAGCCGUCGACCAGGCACCGCAAGAAACUACUCCGACAAACAACGCGAAGAGUUUUGAUCCGUGUUUGGAUCCAUUUGACAUCAAAUUCGAAUCGGAUUGCAGUGAGGACAAUUGGGUGGCAAGGAGUUUCUUCGACGCCGAAAAACUCGAUUGUCGUCGUUUCUGGUACGGUGGAUGCUCGUCGAAAUCGCAGAAUUUGUUCCAAGAUCAAAAUAGCUGUCGUCUCGCGUGUGCCCAUCUGAUCCCAACCGUUCACCCUCCAUCAUUCAUCUCGUUGGAUGGCGUUCAUUCAAAUCGUAUCCUCAUCUUUUUCUUC